AAAGUGUAAAAGAAAUAAGCGAGGAGGAAGUGAAAUAAAGAAGCGCGUUUGAGUGUGUGGCGUUGGGCAGAGAUAAUGAGAUUAGGUGUGAGUAAGCACGUUGUGCGGUGCUCAAUCGGCACCGUUUCAGGCGAGUCCAAAACCCAUUUUCCCGCCAAAUCCCAACGUUCGUCUUUCUCAGCCGUCAAGUUCCGCCCCGGCGAUGGUUCUUCCGAUUUAGCGGUUUCUAGUAGCAGCAGGAGACAGCUGAUAUGCAUAGUCACGUGGCCAUGUCUUCUUCCUCUCAUAGGUUGUCUCCCAGCCAACGCCUUGCAGGCAGGUGCAAAGGAAUAUCUUCUCAUUAAAGAAGAGGUGAGGAAGGUGUUGUCUAAGGGAAAGGCAGCUGGGGUGCUUCGAUUGGUUUUCCACGAUGCUGGAACCUUUGACAUCAAUGACAAUUCAGGUGGUAUGAAUGGUUCUAUAGUCUAUGAACUUGAAAGACCCGAAAAUGCCGGCCUGAAAAAAUCAGUAAAGGUACUGCAAAAAGCAAAGACUCAGAUAGAUGCCAUCCAACCAGUAUCUUGGGCGGACAUGAUUGCUGUGGCUGGAGCUGAAGCAGUUGAAGUAUGUGGAGGUCCACCUAUCCAAGUUUCACUGGGCAGACUAGAUGCACUGGUGCCUGAUCCAGAAGGGAGACUCCCCGAGGAAUCUCUUAAUGCUUCUGGUUUGAAGAAAUGUUUCCAGAGCAAAGGCUUAUCAACACAAGAACUCGUGGCAUUAUCCGGAGCCCAUACUAUUGGAAGCAAAGGUUUUGGAAGCCCAAAUUCUUUUGAUAAUUCAUAUUAUAAGGUCCUUUUGGAAAAGCCAUGGACGUCUUCAGGUGGUAUGUCGAGUAUGAUUGGCCUUCCUUCAGAUCACGCCCUUGUUGAGGAUGAUGAAUGCUUAAGAUGGAUUAAAAAAUACGCCGACAGUGAGAAUCUGUUCUUUGAAGAUUUCAAAAAUGCGUAUGUCAAGCUGGUUGAUUCUGGUGUGAGGUGGAAAAACAUGUAAUUCAGGAGUUGAAUGUUCUAACUUGCACUGAAGGGGCAACUUGCAGUUUUAUUGACCUGCUAAUAGUGUUUAUGCAGAGUUGCUAUGAAGCAUCUGCAUGCAGGGCGGCCAAUAAGUUUCAUGCAAAAGUUGUUUAAAUUUAAAGUGUGAAGGCAUGGCAUAUGGAACAGUUUUUUUAUGACCACAGUUCCUCCUUUAAACACAAUC